UAAUGGAAUAAUGGUGGAAUGUUACAGUCUGUAGAAUGCAAGGUACAUAGAAAUAAACUUUUCCUUUUUUUAAUGAACCUUUUCUGAGAUAUAUGCCUAUUCAUUGGAGUAAAUUGGGACAAUAUAGCCCACUCUCCCCCUUUAAAUGAAACGACACAGCUGUAGACCUGUUCACAAACUUCACUAAACGUAAUCUUAUAUUUAAGUUUGUUUUUUUCUUCUUUUUGAUUCACGAUGUAGGCUACUAUUGUUGUAAAAAAAAAUUACCUCUGUACAUUUUGGUAGAAUAAAUAAAGCUUCAUUGAAGUUUGUGUCGAUCUAAAGAUUUGUUGAAGCAGAGUUUUUAACCCUAACCAAACCCACCUGCAUGUAACCUAAUAAUCAACUAAUCAUAAAAACCUUGAUUAGCUGGUUCUGAUGUGUUUAAUUAGGGUUGAAACUGAACUCACUGGGUCAUGGCUGCUCGUUCAGCAAAGGAAUUGAAUACGCUUUUAAUGUGCUUGAAUGAAUGAGUGAAGAAAGAAUGAAUGAUUAACAGUGAACGUUAAACUCUUGGGACCACAACCAUUUGAAAUAGCUACUAUUCAUGAGUCAUUUUCGCCAAGAUCAUGCAUUUCAGAGAGCGGGCAGUGCGUGCAUUGCAUUUAUCAAAACAAACUGUGACCAGUCACUCUGGGGUAUUUCUUGGCCCCCUCAGGCGGGGUUUCCUUUCUAUGUUUACCUUUAUCUCCGGAAUGGGGUUUCAAAAGAUAGAAAUAUUUAAAGCUUUGAACACAUCCUCAUGCAGCUUAAGUUGCUGUAGCUACCCCUUGAAAUCAAAAUAGGAUGGAUUAUCAUAAACAUACGAUUUUGUUCAUCGUGAUAAUUUCGUCGUGCGCUGGAACGGUAUAUAGCUGUGCUUGUUCAAGAAAUCUAAAACACUGUGCAAACAUUUACCAAAUGCCAGUGGACUUUCAAACGGCUCAACAGAAUUGCAGAGAACGGGGUGGUCAGUUAUGUAUCCAGUCGAAUGCAUCAGAUGAAGUUGUCGGCUAUCUCCUUAAUAACCUGAUCGGACACUUUUGGACCGGACUCUAUCUCCCAAGCGACACGUGUUUAAGAAAUACGAGCACAUUACGCGAACGGAUCACGGAAUUCUUGGAGACCGAAGAAACGUCGUGCGUCCCACUCUGCGUGUCUGUCUCCAGCGACGGGAUGCAGACGCCGAGACCAUGCACGGACAAAUUGGAUGGGUUUUUGUGCGAGGACUCUCAAGGGGAUCUUUGCAAAGGAAAUGUGGUCGUUCUGGAUAAUGCGCAGUGUAUGUUUGCACCCUGUGAACAUAAAUGUACUCCUUUGGAAACCGGAUAUAGGUGUUCGUGUAUGGAACGAUUCCGUCCAAAUGCACGAGAUCCACGCCGCUGUGAUUUCUAUUGCGCAACGAGAGUUUGUGAAGCGUUAUGUUUGAGAGGGACCCCCUCUCAAACGGCGUGUUGGUGCCCGGCUGGUUUUGUUAGAAACGACCAAACCUGCGAAGAUAUUGAUGAAUGUGAAUCAAAUCACGGCUGCGCACACUUGUGCCUAAAUACGAUAGGAACUUAUAGAUGCGCUUGCUACGAGCCGUUCAUCCUCGUUAAUGGAACUGAAUGCACUCUUGCUCCUAUUCUAUAUAAUGGUCAAGUAUUCACAACACCGUCAAGAGGGGCACUGUCGACCCCAGGAGAGUAUGCUGGGCUGAUAAUAUUCCUAGUAGUGGCUGGUUUUGCUCUGUUAGUACUUGUGCGUUAUUUGCGCGGACGUAAAGCAACUGUACAGGAAUGCAAUCCACCAGAAGAGUUUCAAGAAAGUGUAUCUAAGUAAAUAAUAACUGCUACAUAAGUUUUCGUUAAAUAGUUGGUGGUAAUGUCUCUGUGUGUACAUCAAUAUGUUUGUGACUGUAUAGCCUACAUUCUAUGAAGAAUUACAUUCAUUUUUUUUAGUAAGGUGUGUUUUUAUUUUAUUUUAUUGUUUAUA